CAUAGAGAUAUGAUAUUUCGAUUAAUGUACCGUGGAGCAGCAUAUGCUGAUAGUCUUCAGUACCAACGGUGCAUUGAUCUCUGGAGAUAUGCUCUAGAUUUACGUAUACAAAAAGACAGUCUUUUGCAUGGAGAAGUGAGCUUUGCAGCUCAAGCAUUGGUUGGUGUCUUCCUUGAUUUGCACGAAAAGCAUAAUGCUGGUUUGUUACGUGAACAGGUACAAUUCACUGAUGUGUUUGAAUCUAUUAAACUCUUAGUGUAUAGAUUUGAAUCAUCUAAAUGUCUUUUAAAUGCAAGACCUAUUUUUAAGAAACACCAGGACAAUUUUGACAAAAUAUUAAAGGUCUUGACACAUUUAUUUUAUGUACUAUAUGUCAUUCCGAAAACUCCACAAGAAGUUCAUGACAUGAAGCAAAUAAUAAGGGAUGUGCUGAAAAUUGAACCUCGUACUACUAGUGGUGAUACCCUUUUGCAUCUUGUUUCCUCUAAAUCUAAUACAAUGAAAACAAGUACUUUUCUUGAAGAUCCGCAUGCAGCUAUAUUUCCUGAUGAGGGACUGGCAGAACUGUUGUUACAAUGUGGUGCAAAUGUGGAAGCUGUGAAUUUUAACUUGAGCACUCCUUUGCAUAUAGCUGCCCUUCCUUUAAAUUAUCAUCCUGCAGUUAUAGAAGUCCUGUUACGGUAUGGAGCUCAUAUCGAUCGCAGGAAUGGUAGUGGUAAUCAUCCUCAUGAUAUGCUACAAAAUAUAACAGAAUGUACUAUAAACCAUCUGCAGUAUAUAACUUUAAAAUGUCUAGCUGCUCGAAAAGUAAUAGAAAAGCAAAUUAUUUAUGUUGGUGAAGUUCCUGUUGACUUAGAAGGAUUUAUUAGAAUACAUUGAAUGAAUUCUUGUAUUGGCUCAAUUUUUUUUUUAAAUCAAACGUGUUCACAUAAGGUUUAAGUACAAAAUGAAAAGUUGUAAAUGUGUGCAGUCAAAUUUAUGUUGCCAUUCCCUUAUUACAUACUAGGUAAAAUUUUCUCAAAAGUAAGUAACAAAUCAUUAUAUUAAAUGCGACUAAAAAUAAUUCGUAAAUAAUAUAUUCUAAGUGUUAUUUUACCAAAUGUUGCAUGUGCUAAAAUGUGAAACAUGCUUUUAAAGCAUUUUUAGCUGAUACAUAUUUACCUGUGUUUAGAAUAUAUUAGAUUUUUAUUUUAAUAACUAGGAAAUUAUUGUCAAAUAUUUUUUUAGUGUUCUUAGCUUGCUGUAUUGAAAUUGUGAUUAAUAACUUGUUUAUUGACAUUGUGCUUACAUUUAAAAAAUUGGAUCUUGUAUACAUGUCUUUUCAUGGCAAUUAAUCAGCACAUUCUAAGGGAUUAUCUGACUAUGGCAAAGCACACUAGAGCUACUUCCCUUAGAGAAGAAAUGUCUUUGUGGAGGACUUUCUAAGGGAAACUGAACUGUAGUCAUGUUACUUCAUGGGGACAAAACGACUAUGCAGCCAGACAGUUCGUUGGAAUUUGAACAUAAGUCAAACUGCCCACUUUCAGGCCACUCAUUAGUCAUUACUGUCUAAUAAAUUCUGGUCAAAUCAUAUUUUUUCUCCCACAAUGACCAAAUAUUUUGUUAAUUGCAUUAAUUCUUUAGUCUAUAAGAAAUUAUCAUUUGUGAAACAGAGUGAGAAAUUAUAUUUAAUGAAGGAAUCUUUUAUCAUACAUGAUUUUUAAGUAAAAUUUAUAUAAUUAUUAUAACUAAAUUUUAGUCAAUAAUUCAUAUUUUACAGAUUAACAUAACUUUUGUAUGCUGUUUAUCAUGAAGAAGUAAGUUUUAUCUAAAGCAGUGCAGUUUAUAGUUUUUUUAACAAGUUAAAAAGCUGUUUAUUGUCUGAAAAGCUUUAUGGUAAUGGUAAGGGAAAUUGGAAACAUAUAAUUGCUAUAAAGAAUGAAAAUACCCAAGGUGGGCUUGUGAAAGAAGAUAAUUGUACAUUUUUAAGCUUUUGGAAAUGAAUUUAAAUCUCUUUGCUAUUCUGUAAGUGUUGUUGUUUAUUAUUCUUUUAUGUAAUAUAUUUUAUUUUUAUGACGAGGCAUAUUUUAUGUAGGUGCCAAAAUUGAAAAUUAUAAUGCAUAGAUUUUAGUUUGCUGCAAUGGAAUUUUAUUAUACAUGAAAUUAUGAAUACAAUAUAAAUUUUACAGUAUUUCUUUGAUUUAUGUAUUGUAGUACAUAUUACACCAUUACUUGAAAUACAGUGUUGUAAAAAAUAAUUUUAAUAAAAUCAGAACUCUUUGCCGGUCAACAACAUUAAAGAUCUCAUAAACUGGAAAAUGGUAGAUAUUGACGUAAUAAUUUAUAUUUGUGAUAUAAUAUUCAGGGUGUAAAAUAAAGUUAAAAGCUUUCCCUCAUUUUAAAUAAAUACAUGACAUAUUUUAGACUAAAGUUGUAAGCAGAGAUGAAAAGUGACAUACCACCAUGAUAUAGCUGUAUAAAUUUCUGUUAUAUUUUAUAUCAAUUUAAUGCUGCGUAUUGAUGCAUAUUUUGUUUAAUUUGGUCUGUCUAAUGAAAGUGGGAAAAAUUGUAUCAUCAUGUAAUUGUUUCUUUCAGAAUAUGUGAUGCUUAAAAAUAUUUGGCUAAAAUGUACUGCUUGUUUAUUCAUUUUAUUUUAAUUCUUUCAUAUUUGUGUUAAUGGGAGUAAACAUAGCCUUAACUGCAUUUCAACUUAGUUUUGUGUUUGAACAUUUAAUCUGUAAAAAUACUGUGAUUGUUAGAAUUACAAGCAUAUUAGUCUUUAUAUUUAAGUAAUAGAUAUAUUUUAUUAGAAGUGGCAGCAAAAAUUGCGCAGAAAAUUUUUAAAGUCUGCUAGUAUGAACAUCCGUUUAGAGAAAAAUUAAUUCAUAAAAAUUGGAUCAUAGCAAUUAAUUCAUAGAUAUUGGAAUAAAUUAAUAAAAUAAGAUAAAUUUCUUUUAUUUCAAGUUAAUGAUUUACUGCAUUAAAUAUAACUGUUUAAUAAACUAUUUUUAAUGUGA